CGCAUGGUCUGUUCCGCCCUUUAGAACGGCCAAGAUGCGAUCCAUUUUAUUUUUCUCAGCGGUGCACAGACUGAACAUUUCUUAGACAAAUAAAAACAAAAAUAAAAAAGGAUUUUUGAAGCGCGAAUUUCUAAGGACAGACAGCAAGACCACAGAUUCUGAUGUUUUUGGGGGUUUUUUAAACCGAAGAAGAGAAAGUGAAACAAAGAUCAAGAUCAUUGGUUUUAUUCAAAAGCUGAGAAUGGCUUCUGUGAAGAUAGUAUCUGUAGAAGAUCUUAAUUGUCCAGUGUGCUUUGACAUCUUUAAGACUCCUGUUCUUCUGUCAUGUAGUCACAGUAUCUGUAAAGAGUGUCUUCAAAAGUUCUGGAGAGACAGGGAUAUUCAGGACUGUCCCAUCUGCAGGAGAAGAUCCUCAAGAGACGAGCCUCCAUGUAAUCUGGUGUUAAAGAACUUAUGCGAGUCAUUCACAGCAGAAAGUGCUUCGGGGUCUGAGGAGGUCUGCAAUGUCCACAAUGAGAAAUUCAAACUCUUCUGCUUGGAUCAUAAACAGCUUGUGUGUAUUGUGUGCAGAGACUCAGAAAAACACUCUAAUCACAAAUUCAGCCCAGUCAAUGAGGCUGUUCCAGCUUACAAAGAGCAGCUUAAUACAGCGCUGAAGUCCUUACAAGAGAAGCUUGAACAUGCAGAGAAAAAUAAAGGCGAGUGUGAUACAACAGUCCGGCACAUCAAGACUCAAGCUGAGCUCACAGAACGGCAGAUUAGAGAGGAGUUUAUGAAGCUUCAUCAGUUUCUGCAAGAUGAAGAAGAAGCUUCAAUCACUGCACUGAGGAAGGAGGAAGAGCAGAAGAGUCAGACGAUGAAGGAGAAGCUUGAGGAUAUGAACAGACAGAUCUCAGCUCUAUCAGACACAAUAAAAGACAUAGAGGAGAAGAUGAAUCGAAGUGACGUCUCAUUUCUACACAGCUUUAAUGCCACAAUGGAAAGAGCCCAAAGUUCACAGCAAGAUCCACAGAUGCUUUCUGGAGCUUUGAUUAAUGUGGCAGAUCAUCUGAGAAACCUGACCUUCAGAGUCUGGAAGAAGAUGCAGCAACUUGUUCAAAACUCUCCUGUGACUCUGGACCCAAACACUGCUAAUACUUAUCUGAUCCUCUCUGAUGAUCUGACCAGUCUGACAAGCAGUGAAAAGUGGCAACAAGUUCCGGAUAAUCCAGAGAGAUUCGAUGAAUAUUCCUGUGUUCUGGGUUCAGAGGGCUUUGACUCAGGAACACACUUCUGGGACGUGGAGGUUGGAGACAAUUCAGAGUGGGUUAUUGGAGUAACCACAGAAUCGAACCAAAGGAAAGGAGACGUUUUCUUCAAAACCAAUGUCUGGUGCAUGUGGUAUGAAGAUGGUAAAUAUUUCUCACAAUCCCCACAGAAACCAAACAGACCAGUUCCAGUUAAAGAAAAGCUUCAGAGGGUGAGAGUGGAGCUGGACUGGGACAGAGGAAAACUCUCAUUCUGUGAUCUUGUAAAUAAUACACUUCUACGCACAAUAACAACCUCCUUCAAAGAGAGAGUCUUUCCAUUGUUUUAUUCUUUUGAUGGAUCUGUCCCUCUGAAGAUAUUACCAGCUACAGUAGUUGUAACAACAGAAAAACAGUUUUGUAUGACGCGCUAGUAACAUUACAUCUGCCUUAAUAUUAAAGAUCAAUAUAAUCGUUUUUGAGCCCAAUAUCAUUCGGCCUUUAACUGAAUUAGCUCAAAGUACUCAUACUCAAAGGAAUCUAAUUCUUUAGCUAUAUGUAAUCUUUCACUCAGUUAUAAUACUGAUUAUUGUAUGUUAAUAGCAUCUCCAGAGCCUUCCUUUUAACAAGUCUGUCUUCAGCUCUGUCCUCAUCUUCAGGACACUAAUGCAAGCAAGUGUCAUUUGGUCAGUACUUGUCUUUUGAAUAUCUAGGGAUUGUGCUGAAAGGUGCUCCAAGCAUUCUGUUUAUCAUUUUUUACAGGCCUCCAAAAUACUCUCCAGCCUUUGUUGAAGAGGUCACAGAAAUAUUAUCAAUGAUGUCCUCAGAGUUUGACUCUUUUGCUAUUGCAAGGGAUUUUAAUAUUCAAAUAGAUAAUGCAAAAACAAAACUACAAAAUAAAUUAUAAUGGUUCUAAACACUUUUGACCUGAUUCAGCAUGUUUCAUGGACCCACACACAAAGGUGGACACACUCUAGAUUUAAUCUUCAGUAGGGGUCUAAACAUUUCAUCCAUUGUUAUUAAGGACAUAGCACUAUCUUAUCACUUCUGUACUUUAUUUGAUAUAUUGAUCUCUGCUACCACUGAAUCUAGAUCUGUCUCUGUCAGAAGGAGAUGCAUAAACAAGAACACAAGUGUACUAUUUAUGGAGGCUAUAUCUUUAACACCAAGCAUUUCUGGAGACUCUUGAUAUUCUCCUUGAUUCCUUUAACUCAAAAGUUAAGAAUGUUAUUGAUGAUAUAGCUCCAACAAACAGACAGAAAUCAGUUUGGAGAAGGUCAACAGCAGUUCAAACUAUGAAAAGACAAUGCAGAAAAGCCAAGCGGAUGUGGCGGAAGAUGAAACUUGAAAUUCACUAUAGCAUUUAUAAAGACAGCCUUCAUGCUUUUAAUGUCACAGGUAGACAGAAUUUCUUCUCAGACCUUAUAAACAAUAACUUAAACAACACUCAUUCUCUUUUUUGCCACUGUUGAGCAAUGCAGAGGUCAGACAGAUGAAGUGGUGAAUGCCUCACUUCUACUUAUUAAGAUAAUAAAUGAUACUCGCUUAAAUUCUGAUUCUGGUAAAAUAUCAGUGCUGGUAUAACUAGAUCUCAGUGAUGCGUUUGACACAUUAGAUUAUAACAUACUUCUACAGAGACUGGAAAACUGGGUCGGGCUUUCUGGGACAGUAGUCAAAUGGUUCAGGUCAUACUUGGAAGAGUUUAUUAUCUGAGUAUAGGAGAGCAGAAGUCUAAGUGGAUGUCCAUGACAUGCGGAGUCCCACAAGGCUCAAUUCUUCCACCGCUCUUGUUUAGCCUGUAUGUGCACCCACUUAGUCAGAUAAUUUACCUAGCCUUAUCUCCAAAUGACUACAGCCCCAUUGACUUCCUCUGCCAAUGUAUUGGUGAAAUUAAUAGUUGGAUGUGCCAGAACUUUCUUCAGUUAAACAAGGAAAAAACUGAAGUUAUUGCAUUUUUUUUUAAACAAAGAUGACGUUUUCAAGGUAAAAGCAUACCUUGACUCUAGGAGUCAAACAACUAAAAAUCAAGUCAGAAAUCUUGGUGUGAUUCUGGAAACAGACCUUAGUUUCAGUAGUCAUGUCAAAGCAGUAACUAAAUCAGAAUACAAUCAUCUAAAAAACAUUGCAAGAAUUAGAUGUUUUAUUUCCAGUCAAGACUUGGAGAAACUUGUUCUUGCCUUUAUCACCAGCAGGGUGGACUAUUGUAAUGGGCUCCUCACGGGACUUCCCAAAAAGAACAUUAGAAAGCUGCAGCUCAUCCAGAACGCUGCUGCUAGGAUUCUGACUAGACCAAGAAAAUCUGAGCAUAUCACACCAGUCCUCAGGUCCUUACACUGGCUCCCAGUUACAUUUAGGAUUGAUUUUAAAGUACUUUUACUCGCCUAUAAAUCACUCAAUGACCCAGGACCAAAAUAUAUUGCAGAUAUGUUCACUGAAUAUAAACCUAACAGACCACUCAGAUCAUUAGGAUCGACUGAGUUAUAAAUACCAAGGGUUCACACAAAACAAGGGGAGUCUGCCUUUAGUUACUAUGCUGACGGCAGUUGGAAUCAGUUUCCAGAAGAGAUCAGAUGUGCUAAAACAUUUACUCAUCUGUUAAGCUGUGCAUUUAUUGAAUGAGCACUGUGCAAUGUCCGCACCGAUUGCACUGUAUUUUAUGUAAAAUCAUUUUCUAUUUGUAACUGUUUUAAAUUAAUUUUAAAUAAGUCAAUUUUUAAAUCAUUUCCAAAGUUUAAAAAUUGCUUGUUUUUACUUUUGUAUUAUUUUUCUUCAUGACUAUUUUACUUAGUUUAUGUUAAGCACUUUGAAUUAACAUUGUGUACGAAAUGUGCUAUAUAAAUAAACUUGCCUUGCUUACAUACCUUUUGUCACUUUUGCCUGUGAUGGUUUUUCAGUCUUAUCCUACCAUUCUAACAGUUGUUAAGGAUUUGAUCACGCCAGUGGUGAGAUGACUCUCAGACAUUACUGAAGUACUGAAGCCAUUUAAAUUAUAUUCUUAUUUUAAUAAGACCAGGCCUGGUGAAAUCAUAUGAUAAGGCAAACUUCUCUGUUGUUUGACUGUAAUGUUUAUGUUUGGGCUUGGAGAUUAGAGACAUCAUGUAAGGCAUAAUAUACUUAAGAACAAAUGAAG